GUCUCCUCGAUUUCUUGCGCAAACAAGGAGCGUUUGUCAAGCGAAACGACCAAUCGAAAUAAUAGGAUCAUUUCAAUGAGUGUAGUCUUUUCUUUUUUAUUGGAUCUAUGGUGAAAAGAACAUCCCAUGUGACAUGAUCGAAUGGGUGCAUACAUAUAAGAAAACACGUUGUGGUCUAGCCAAUUGAAAGCGCCUGCGUUACACAGGGAUUAUCAGAUAAUAACUACACGAAGUGUACCGAGUGAACAAGGAAUCGAUAUCAGAAGAUCUGAUACCAAUAUCAUAUUCCGUUCUUCGUUGUUCUUGUAAGGAUUAUAUUUUUUAAAGAUAUUUGAGAAAAGAUUGGUGGCCGAUAAGACAACAUGGUAGCCCCUAGUACGAUGUUAUUUCUCCUAAUAACGCUCCUGGUUAAUCAAUCGUAUGGAGCCGCGUUUCUCAGGUCUUAUAUACCCAAUCUUAAUUGUCCUCGAAUGAAAGAUUGUGAUUUAUCAUGUACUAAAGGGUAUAAAACUACUAUGUUUGGUUGUGCUGUUUGUAAAUGUAGAACUGAUCCAUGUGAGAAUUUUCAAUGUAAUGAAGGUACUCAUUGUGAACCUGUGAUGAGACUAGGGUGGUUUGUAUUCAAUGUACCACACUGUAAGGCAGAUGAGGGUACGGGGUCGAAAAUGACCACGACCACUACAACAACUACUACUACAACCACCACACCAGCACCUCCAAUACCGAAAGAUGUACAGAUUUGUCAUUAUGGACAACCAGCUAGUAAUUGUAGUAUCAAUAGUCCUUGUCAGGAUCCUGUCAAAUACAAAUGUGUUAUAUUGAACGCAGAAGGAAAUGGACAAUGUUGUCUAAAACAGCCUCUAGAACCCAUUACGCUAUCACCACCAAGUGAUGAAAUGCCUAGGUGUAUGCAGAGUGCUGAUACUGGUCCGUGUCGAAGCAUCAUACCACGUUAUUAUUACAAUGCCACAGCUGGGAAAUGUGAAAGGUUUAACUAUGGAGGAUGUCGAGAAAACGAAAACAACUUUGCUGAUUUGGAUUCGUGCAGACAUACUUGCGAAAAUCCUUGUAAUAUGAUGCCUACUGCUGGAAGAUGUCGUGCUGCCAUCGUUAGAUACUUUUUCAACUCGACUUCCGGUCAGUGUGAAAGUUUCACUUUUGGUGGUUGUCAAGGCAAUGGAAACAACUGGAGAACACUUUCAGAAUGUCGACAGCAAUGUGACAGGUCCUACAAUAACUAUUAUUUCAUGGGCAAGAACGAAGUGGACGAGUAUAAGCCAUGAAUUUUGUAAAGCCCGGAUUGCAAUAGACACUACUUGUUACUAGUCCUGCCAGUUAAAUUGUGAUGGUGGCAAAAAGAAUGUUUUCGUUUCUUUUAUUGUUUUUUUUCCCUGAAAUCACGAUUUGCACACAGCACACAUUUUGUUUUUGGGUUAUCACAACUUGAUAUUUAUGACGUAAAGACAAAACUAAACCGGUGUUAAAGUGAAUAUUCGAGCCUAUUCGAUAGAGUAGACCCAUUUUUCAUUAAUUAUAAAGCUUAGAAGCGGUAUCUUGUCGUUUAACUAUAGUAAACCUAUAUUUGUAGUUGUAAUGAAUUUUACUACUUACACUAAAACGUGAAUACUACAUAAGUGUCCAUGCCUUUGCCUAGAGACUUAAUUUUGUACAUAGUUAAAUUCGUGUUUACAGCAUUUGACCGUAGAAACAUGUAACCACGUAAUUGUUCUCUAUCAUUAUUUUUAGUUAUUUAUGUUUUGUUUUUCGUAAUGCACAUACUUGCCCGAUAUUAGUCUUUAAUUGAUUCAUUUUAAAUCACAAAUUACGUUUAACAAAGACAUCUUUUUUGCCGGGUCGUGAAAUGAAUGAAAUUUUUGCUUGGGUUGCUUUUCUCCAGAAGCCUUGUUCAGCUUUGCUUUCUCCGCAUCAGUAUUUUCGAUGUCCAUUUUUAUGUUUGUUUAUUUCGAAUGUGAGGAUUUGCAGGCGAAUCCGGCACCAUUACUAUGGAGAAAAGUAUACAAAGCAGAAAAUUUAUCCAACUGCAUCAUCGACUCUCUUGUUCUCUUACAAUAUAUUUUUUUUAAUUUUCCCUUCCAUUUUUCUUCACUAGGUCUCUACUAUACUUGAUAAUAGGUCAAAUAUUGUCGAAUUUCGUAAUUUAUUUCUAAAUAUUCCAUGUUGGAGAUAUUAAAUAUAAAUACACUUGAUAGUAGGUCAAAUAUUGUCGAAUUUCGUAAUUUAUUUCUAAAUAUUCCAUGCUGGAGAUAUUAAAUAUGUUAAACGUUAAAUGCUUAGGUUGUUUUACUUCCAAGUAAAUAUUCCUAUCGUAGGCAUGCAUGCGGCAGCACUUUAAUGAAUCGUUUGCCGACCCGUUCUUAGAUUAACGAAUGUACAUAUUAUUUUCUUGCCAAACGUUUAAUGGACAGUUUGUUUAAUACAUAUAUAUCCUCAAUGACCUAUAAAUUAUUUGAAUAAACAUAUUUCCGCCUUUC